AUGGGACACAACAGAGCCCUGACGGCCGCGCUGCAGCGCCACGCCGUGUCCUCGACGGCGACCCUCCUGGUCCCCGCGACAGCGCGCACCCUGCCGGCGAGCAACGCCCUCCAGGCCAGGGCGAAGGACGACUACGACUACGAUGACGACGACUACGACGAUGACUACGACUACUACGGCACGAGGAAGAAGAAGAAGAAGCCGGCCGGCGGCGCGCAGGCCGCAGCCGUGUCGCCCAGCGAGACCAACGUGUUCAACUUCGUGAGGAUCAUGGUGCUGCGCCUCGUGUGGGGCUUCGCGUCGUGGUUCGGCUGGGACGAGCCGCUGUCGGAGGCCUUCGGCGGCGCCUUCGUGCCGCCAGGCGUCGACCCCGACGGCGAUGACGAUCUCGGUUUCGACUACUAGCAGCACGAGACUGCCUCUCCAGCCCUCCGGCCACGCGGGAAAAGCUGUUCCAGUACGCUUAUCAAGGCUGUAUGCCCGACUUGCACCCAGGGGUCCGUUACUUUCACUCUAAUCAACAAUUCGGCUGCUUGUACAAGCGUACAAAUGGCCUCUGGAAAACAAAUUAUUGACCCCAGCUUGCACUCUUAAUUUAUGAUUCUGUAGAUUUUAGUAUUUAUCACUCUGAAUGUAUAUAAAGGUAGAACAGAAAUGAAAGUUAGUAAUGAACAAUGUUUAUUCUUUAUACAAAUUAAAUAAUUGUAAAAAAAAAAUAUAUAUAUUCAAGGCAAGGCCUUAA